ACACGCGGGAGACGGGAGCGCGCGCGCCUCCACUGCGGCGCCGCAUCGCCUCAGAACCGGAUUACAAUGAACCGCGGAGACACAACCCGGGGACCACGGUAGAGGAGGACCAGGGAGAGGGAAGCAGUCAGAGGAGGUGAACCAGAGGGACGUGUUGCCGCAGCGUCUCUGCGUAAAGAGCAAUAACAUAAUAAGCUCGUGAGUCGGUGAGAGGAGGAAGCACCACCAGGUGGGCGUCGCCUUGGACCCUCUUCCUACUCCACCCCCCAAGAGGGACCGGCGCUGCACCGCAUGGAGGUUUUCCGGAGGUCUUUCUCGACCGCCUCGGGAGCCGAGUCGCCUCACUGAACUGUUCCUCCUUGUUCUCCGGGAACAAACCCGAGGCCACGGACCUCCUCCUCCUCCUCCUCCUCCUUGUCCUUCUUUUGUUUGAGGAGUCGGUUGUUUUUUAGAUCGAAACCAGGAGCCACAACUUUGAAACGAUCACCAAGUCAUUUACCGUUUGUUCACGUCUAACCGUAUAAAAGUUCUCUGCCACCGCUGCUAUCGUCAUCUCGAAGGCUCGCGGGGUGGGGGUGCCCGUUGCCUGAGUCCUAUCUCCUGAGUCCUAUCUUCUGAGUCCUAUCUCCUUCUUCCAAGUUGUUUCUACGAGAGGAGCCUCUCGCUCUUUGUCCGCUUCCUGUUUCUUCCACGCGAAGGCGCUUGGCCACACGACGGCCGCCAUCUUCCCCUCCUCCACCUUCCAUCCCUUUAUCUUAUCACAGCGACCUCUAAAACGUUUAAAACGAGAUCUUAAAGCCUCUAUCUUUCUAUCUCCAUCGACUAAAAGCCAUACCGACCAUCGACCUUCUAAAGCCUUGCGGCGUUUUGCCGAAGCGAUCAUCGAAAAAUAAAAAAAGGCGUAUCUUCGAUGACGCAAUCGCUCGCGAAGAAGAACCCCGAGUUCGGCGGCGGCAUUUUUUCUUCUUCUACCCGCGUGUUAACGGCAUCGAUCGCGCGUGUUGACGGAUGAAUCCCGACACUUUCAUGUCUGUUCUGUGGGCAGAACCUCGCUGCGCUGCUCGGACCGGGCCCAAGCCCUCCUUCGUUCUCUUCUGUUGGGCCAAACUAAAUUCGGAGCAACGACACUCGCACGAGGGAAUCGAACGGACGUAGGUCCUCCCGCUUAACGAAAGAAAAGAGACGCAAAAAAAGCGAAAGAUUUUUUUUAAUGUGACUCGUUUUUUCCCGCUUCCGAUCACUCUUCUGCGAAUGCCUUGACGAUAUCGACUUUCUUUCUCUUCGCCGUUUUACGACGCUUAGCGUUCGUUUCGCAGCUAGCUAACGUCUGAAUUCGCAUAUUGACCUUUACCGAUUCUCUUCCCGCCGAGAGGAAGAAUUCGUUUUUAACCGCAAAUUGUGAGCAUGAUGUUUUUUUAACAAAAAAGAAAUAAGACAUUUACGUCACAGCUUGUGUGACUGAACAAAGCCGAGAUCUCCGAAGCUGCCGGGCGCCGAGACUCGACUCCAGUAUUUGAGUGGAUUUUUAACAGAGAACCACGUUUUUCACAUAUAUUUUUAACAUCAGCAGGACAACAGAAGUGCCAAAACCCAGACAAGAGAACCUUCGUCUGUUGAAGCGUAUAAAAAAAAAAGAAAAUACAGUUUACAUACAACGCUUGAUAAAUGUUUCCAGAUCACCUAUUCCAUCGCAGUUUCUUAUGUAACUUUCGUGACACGAAAACCCUUUUUGGGUAGGAGAUGCGAGACUCCUACCGUCGGGUCACGUUUAACGAGUUUAGUUUUCUCAUCUUGUUUACAGAAAAUUAAAAACAAAACAAAAAAAACAUCACUGCCUAUUUUGACCGAGAGACUGCAAGACUGUCGUCCGACACCCGCUGCCAUAAAACGAACCACAUUAUUCUAUAUUUAUGAAUCGUCCAUUUCACAGGCAAAACAUUCAAAACCUUUUGAAAGACCUCAAUGUUUACAACUGCUGCUUACGUGAGUGAUUUGUAUCAGGAGAAUUGUUUACAUGAAGCUGAGAGAGUGAAACACCUUCAUGACGCCUCUCCUGAACUGAGUGAACUCUGAGAGACCUUCUGCUCCUGUGCAUCCCGAAAGAGACGUUGUUUUUGUAUGAAUCGAGAGGGCUGCCAUCUUGGAUUCUUUUUUUUAAAACGACUGCUCAAAAACUGAAAAACAAUGACAUCUUGGACUUCGAGGGCGAUGUUUCGCCCGUCCCUCGUCCUCCUUCUUUUCUCCUGCCUCGCCGUCUCCGCGGCCGACUCCGGUACAAAGAGCACCGCCUUGUUCCGCCUGACCGGCUACAAGCCCCCGGUGCCCGCCGGGCCCAAAGUGGCGCCCAAAGCGGCCGAGGUAGUGGAGGACGGCGACGACGACGAAGUGGCGCCGGAGAUGGCCGAGCUCCCUCCGAAGCCCCUCCCUCAGACCAUGUUGCCGAGGAACAUGACGGCCGACGCCCUGAAGCCUCCGCUCGGCGCGGCUCAGGUGGCUCCGCCUCCUCGGAAGCUGGUGGACGUGGACGUGUGCAGGGGCUACUAUGACGUCAUGGGGCAAUUUGACACUACGUUCAACUGCUCCAAGGGCAGCUACAUCUACUGCUGCGGGACCUGCCACUACCGGUUCUGCUGCGAGCACCAGAGGAGCCGGCUGGACCAGGAGUCCUGCAACAACUACAUCUCCCCUGUCUGGGCCGAGCCGCAGGACGCCGUCACCCCCAGCCCCGGCAACAAGCCCGACCCGGACUUCGAGACGCUGCAACAGCAGAACAGCAGUACGGCCUACGUCAUCGGAGGCGUGAUCUCCUUCACGCUGGUGUUGGCUGUGGGCGUCAGGAUCGCCUUCAGCAAGAUGGCGCGUCGCCCCCGGAACAGAGACAUCAACAUGCCCAGAUCGCUGGUGGACAUCUUGCGCCACCAGUCCAGCCCGGUGCAGCCGGGCGAGAGGAACAACGCGGCGCUGCUGACGGCCACCGCGGCGGACGGCCGGACGGCCAAAGGCCUCUACACGCCCGUCCUGCAGAGCAAAGACAACCGCAAGCGAGGCGCCCGUUUGAACAACUCCUCCCAGCUCUCCUCCGGGUCCGCCCUUCUCUCCGGGAGCGGUAAAGGCGGCGGCGGCGGCGGCGGCGUGAGACACGACGGCCACCCGUCCUUCUCCCACUCCUUCCACAACCUCGCCCAGCUGCCGCCGUCCUACGAGACGGCCAUGAAGCCCGAGAUCAACCGCUACAGCUCGCUGAAGAGGCUGGAGAAAGAACUGGAUGAGUACUCUAACUACUACGGGUCCAAGCGGCGCUCCCACAACGCUCCUCCCUCCUUCCACUCGUCUCAGCACCACCUGCCGUGGGGGGGUGACUACACCCUGGGCUCGUCCCGGGGCACGCUGCCCCUUCACGGCUCCAGGCCCCGCCUCCACAUGCCGGCCUCCACCCCCAACCCGUACCCGCUGCCGGCGCAGACGCAGUACGCCGCCUCUGGCUUCGCCCCCUUUGACAGGCCGCCGCGCCGCGUGCGCUCCCAGGACCAGCUGCUCGGGGAGGGCGGCACGCUGACCCGGCUGUCCAAGAACCAGCAGCACCAAUACUACAAGGCCAUGAUGGGCCCCGGCAGGGGGUCCAACCCACAGGCGCUCCGCAGGUCCCACGAGAGGCUCCUGGUCUCCCCGGACCGCCUGGAGGACCGGCUGAUGAUGGGCCUGAUGGGAGGUGGAGGAAGUGGAGGAGGAGGUGGAGCAGGUGACCGCGGAGACAGAAUGAUGGUGCCCACCAUGGGCCGGCUCAGCCACCACCAGAAGGCCCAGUCGCAGCAGAACAUCUGCGUCACGCCGUCGAUGGACCGCCACCACAUGAUCAAGAUGAACUCCCACCCCACGCCGGGCCACGACUACGACCACGGCACCAUGUCCGGCGGGGGCAUGCACGCCGGCUGGGACCCCCAUGGCGGCGGCGGAGGUCACCCCAACGCCAGACGGAUGGCUUUCGCCAGCAAGAGGCAGAACACCAUUGAACAGCUGCACUUCAUCCCCGGGGGCGGGGGGGUGCAGGAACUGCGGACUGGGAGUAAGAACGAGGUCACGGUGUGAGGAAGAGGAAGAGGCUGUCGAGCAGCUGAAGAGGCAUUUAGAGGGAAGAUGAGUAAGAGGAGGAGAAAAAAAAGAGGUUUUGAACUGCGGCAGCUUCGCUGGGCUUAAGCCCCGCCCCCUUUUCAUAAACACAGUGGAAGACGAGGUCGACGGAUUUCCUCCGCGUCACUCGAGCGUCGACAAAGAGAAUAUUCAGCCAUUCUUUUGAAAAAGGGAAGACAGAAAUGUCCGCUUUAAAAAAAUAUGUAAAAUAAAUUAUGAUAAUAAUAAUGUUAACAUCGGCUCUAAUGGCCGCCGUGACUUUUAUGGAAGGGGAUGCACCGCCGGGAAAAAACGUGCGUCCUCGAGUUUUAUUGCACCGAUGACGAAGAGCGCGGCUCGUCUUUGUAUUUAUGGAAGAAAAAAAGGAUUUAAAAAAACCCAAACAAGCUUUUGUAUGAAACUAACCUGAUGAUGAUGAUGAUGAUGACGACGACGAUGACGAUGGCGUGAACAUUUCUGAGCCCUGUAAGUCGCUGUGUAUACUUGGUUUUCAAAACGUAUUUACCCUUCGGCCAGUCGGUGACUCGGCUUCUUUCUCUGAGCCGUGAUUGGUCGAUCUCACGAAACUAGAAACUAAACAUUCUCUGCAAAAUUUAAACUCACUCGCCUUUUUUUUAACGGCUCAUUUUUACUUAUAAAUAAUAAAAAACCUCCAUGAGCUGCAGCGGUGAAGGCUCCGUCACACCGGCGUCUACACGGCAACACUUCUGCGGGCGAAGUCGGUUCUUUUUUUUACGAUGAAAUUAGCCGCAAAAAAAAUGAUCGCGCGAAUCGUUUGAAGUCGUCGAAACUUUAUUUAAUUUAUUCCUGCAGCAAAACAAAACCGUCACAUCCUUUUCAUCUCGACGUCUGGCGAGGGUUUCAACCUAGAUUUCAGCAGAAAAAAAAAAGUCUAAAUUUGAGCUCCGGACUUUCUUUUUAUGUCACUUUGCUGCUUCCUGGAGUGACCGGGCCCUUUCAAAAUAAAAGCCUCUCCGCAA